GCGACCAGGGCGUGCAGGCGGAGCUCGCGCCGCGGUCCCUGUCGCGGGCCGUGCAGUGCGAGCCCGCGCGCCGCCACGCAGCCACGGAGACGCCGCGCCCUGCCCGGCUGCUCCACCGCGGCACCUGCACGGACGUGCUCGGCGCCGUCGUGCGCGUCGAGGUCGGCGUACAGGGUUCAGUGGGCGGGGCGGGCGACCCGGCGGCAGACCUCCUCCAGCAGUCGAUGAUCCCCGCUCCCGAGCCCCCGUCCCCGUCGCAAGAGGUGCCAACCGAGAACCUGCUGGACGUGAGCGUGGAGCGGCUCGACGAGCUGCUGAUGCGGCCGCACCAAGAUCACCAGGAACCAUCGCAGCCUCGCGUGGAAGAGCUCGACCCGGCCGUGGGUGGUAUGGAGGACCUGCAGGGCGUCCUGACGGCGGUGAGGGCGAGGCUCGUCUCCGCCCUGGAGUGCCACUUGGCACAGCGCUCCAGGCUGAGCUGCGUUGCCACGCAAACGGACACUCCAGUCAGAGGGUUCGACGACCACCUCGAGCGGACCCCUCUUCCUUCAACUGGAGACGAGGACGAGUGCAUGCAAGUUGAUGUCGAGGAUGACGACCGCGAAGGCGCGCAGGAGGUGGUGCAACGGCGUUCGCAGGAGACGCAGGUCUGUCUCGUGAAAGUCCAACUUCAACACGAUGACGAGCACAACCAACGGGUCGCACUGCAGCGGUCACAAGGGACUCAGGCGGACAACGGGCCUCAGAGAGACCCCAUUGCGCAUCACCUCCAGUGCACCCUGGCCCUGGAGCGGCACGCUCUGGCCAGGCUCAGCCGAUCGCUAACCGGGAUGGCCCCAGGAUCACUUCGCCGAUGUCCACUCAAGCGCCUCUUUCGGCCGCGGGCAGCGCCGGGCCAAGGAACCCGCCGAGGACCCCGCCGAGGCGCAGAGUCCUGGACACCACGGGACUGCAGUCCACUGAAGCGCCUCUUUCGGACGCGGCCAGCGCCGGGCAAAGGAACCCGACGACGACCCCGCCGAGGCGCAGAGUCCUGGACACCACGGGACUGCAGGCGGCUCCGCGGCUGGGUGCGGCGGCACAUCUGGCGGACUCUGGAGGACCUCGCGAGCCCAGCGAGCACGGUGCCUUCCACCCCCACACAGCACCACGUCGCGAGGAUCAGGAGGCACUGCGCCAGGGCCGCGCGGAGCAGGGCGGCGCUGCAGCUGCAGGUGGCGCAACUGUCCGCCCAGCUGCAGGAAGGCGAGGACGAGAGGCGGUGCGCGCGCGGCCACAUCGAGUUCCUGCAGCGUCGCCUGCAGCAGCUCAUCCACUGCAGCGCCGUGACCGCGAGGGACCUGGCCGCGCUGCGCUCGGUGCACGACAAGCUCACCGGGGAGCUGGCCGGGGCGAAGCAGCUGCCAGGGCUCUGUCGGGACCAGGACGAUGACGGCCUCGCGGCCGAGAGCAAGGGUUCAUCUGACGAGGGUGCGAAGACAGCCUCGAGCCGAGGAGGCGGUGACCGCAAGGACUCCAUCGACCAGGGCGACGACCGUAAACGGUUGGACGAGCAGCUCGACCACACGCCCAGCAAGCUCGUCGAGUGCGAGCCGCCGGCGCCGGAGGAGCGCGAGCUGGCGGAGCUGGACGCGCGGGUGUGCCAGGUGGUGCGCGGGCUGCGGGGGUGCAGCAGCGGCUGCAGCGGCCCCGGAGCUGAGUGCCUGAUGCUGUUGCGCGUCGUGCCGCUGCUGGCGCGGCAGCUGCUACUCGAGCGCAGGCGCACGGCCUCCGCGGCCUCCCCCCGUGCCGCCCAACACCCCCUAGCGCCGCCCAACACCCCCCGCGAGGCGCUGUCGACGCCGUCCUCGCCGCCGCGGCUGCAGCGCGCCCUGUCGCGGGAGUGCGCCGCCCGGCUGCAGGCCCAGAGCCUGGCGCACCAGCACCACCUGCACGUCGUGCGCGCCGAGCACCACAAGCACGUGCAGUCGCUCAACGCGGCCCACCUGCAGACCGUCGGCAAGCUCAUGGACCAGCACGUGGUGGCGCUGAGCCGCGCGCGCGAGCAGCUGCGGGCCGAGGUGCGCGCCGAGGUGCAGCGCGAGCUGCGCAGGGACAUGCGCGCCGUGGUGGCGCGCUCCACCGCCGACCUGGAGGCCCUGCACCAGGCCGAGCUCAACAGCCUGCUCAGGAGCAGCUCAGACCCAGGGCAGAGGGCACCUCAGUGGGCACCACAGUGCGAGGGCAGCGGAAUGCCAGUAAGCGCGAGCGAAACCGGCCUCAGCGACAAAAACCCGCACCAACUAAAAAAAUGGUUGGAGAUACACGAAGCAGAAGUAGUAAAGCAAGCUGCUAGUCUAGCACUGCAUUCAAUGGAUGUCGGAGCAGCUGGGGAUUAUGUUAUCGCUCAUGCUACUGACUCAAAUGCACCGCCAGGAGGAAACAUUUCUACCCCCAACUUGUCAUCAAAUAGGAUGUCUGCCUGGCAUAGUUACAUGGUUAACUAGGUAUGAGUAACACUACUAGAAAUUGUUCCAUUUUUUAAUUUUUAUAUGUUGAGAAAGUUGAACUACAGUUCUUCAUAAACAUGACUAUUUACAGGAAUUUUUAAA